AUGCUGCGCUUACCAGCAGAUGUUCUCGCACUGAUAUGCGAGGAGCUCGGGAAUCGACAGGACUUUGGAGUACUGUUCAGCUGUGCCCUGGCAGGUAAAUCUCUGAUGCAUCCUGCACUUAGGUGGCUUUAUAGGAUUCACAAUCAAUCUCCGAUCAUCACCAGCGAAGGCAACGAUGCCCCAUGGACGAGCUCGCAAGACCUUACAUUCGACGAUCGAAGAGAUGUGCAAAGAAAUACGGUGGCCAAAUGGGCCUUGAUGUGGAAAUCAAUUAUCGGGUCCAGCCUUGAGGACACGGCAUAUCCAUACUGUCUCUAUAUCCGAGUCCUCGACCUGCGGAACCUGUCCGAUCUUCUUAAUGAUCCCGUAUUCCACAACGUAGCUCUCGAUAGCUUUUUUGAUGGAGAUAUGGCGCAAUUCCUUAACGGACAAGACAGACCCGUCAAGAAGAAGACUAGACUAAGCAAAACCACAUAUACCCGCCUCAACGUUCCUCUUAUACUUGAUGCAAUUGGAGAAGCCAUAACGGGCUUUGUUAGUCAGGCAGCAAGCGAGAGUAAAACUACAGUUGCUCUUGAAGAUCUUUCCGGCGAUAUCAAUGCCAGUGCCCUUCCAAUAUGGGUUGGCCGACUGUCGAAGCUCAAGAGUAUGACUUUGUGGGACGGAUCUGUCUUGGACAAAAAUGUUGCUAUGUCCAUCGCCGACAAAUGCCCCAAUUUUGAUGACUUGACUUUCUACUUUUGUCCUCCUCUCCAGAAUAUUGAUCAACGCUUGGCCUCAUUCUUUAGUGGUUUGAGAGUCAACAGCCUCCGGUCAUUUUCCGCGCUAGGUGCGGCGGCUAUUGGCCCAGAAACUCUUCUUUCCUUGAAUCGCCAUGCGAAGUCUUUGAGGAUGUUAAAAUUGGAUGGCUUAAAAGCCGACGCGAUCAAGAACCUCUCGCUCCUAAAAGAUUGCGAUGCUCUUGAAAUUAUUGACCUUCACGAUGCCGAAGGACGGAUCAACUUGGAGAUUACCGAAAACGUCGUAUUUCUAGACGUCGUUGAAUGGUUGGGACGAUGCAAAUGUCUUCGUGACCUUCAGUUUGCCGCCUUGGUCAGCGCUCCUGAGAUAGCUCGGCAGAUCUGCUUGCGAGAUGAUAUUCGACUUCAAAGACUUGUUGUACACGAGUACCCUUUGCUCAAUAACCAGGAGUUUCACAAAGCCCUUUUGCAUCAAACGUCCUUGGAGUCAUUGGACCUAAAAGCGGAUCCAGAAGGCGCCUUUGGAGAUGAUAUAAAUAAUCUUGUGGAGUCCAUUUGCCACCUGACGAAGCUCAAGGAUUUGAAACUCAUCUCGACCUCGGACUAUUUCAAGAGUCGUGAAAUCAUUCGUAUCGCCACUCACCUACCCGCCCUGCAAGAGUUUUGGUUCACCGGCUACGAAGUUACGGAUGAUAUUUGGCCUGCAAUGUCAGGACUUCACGAUUUACGCACUCUCAACAUUCUUGCCGUUACGUCGUUCUCAAGUAACGGCAUCCUAAACUUUAUCUCUACCUUACGAGACAGCAAUAGGGGGUUGAAUUUAGCAAUACUGGCCCAGAACCCAGCCAACAAGAUUACUGGGAGGGAACAGGCUAAUAUUGAACAGAGUCUUAUGAAAAAGGUUGACGGUAAAUUUGAAUUUGCGCCGUAUAGGGAGGGAGAUUCGGACUCAGAGUCUCUUUCUGAUUAG